CCUUCUAUUUUAGGGGCCUCCAAGAUGUUCCUCCUUGCAAGCACCCAUAAUGUUACUUUCUGGGCAUGAAGGAGAGGUUUAUUGUUGCAAAUUUCAUCCUAAUGGAGCCACCUUAGCCUCAGCUGGGUUUGACAGGUUGAUACUCCUGUGGAAUGUGUAUGGUGACUGUGAUAAUUAUGCCACUCUGAAGGGUCAUAGUGGAGCAGUUAUGGAAUUACAUUACAACACUGAUGGCAGCAUGCUGUUCUCUGCCUCCACGGAUAAAACAGUAGCAGUAUGGGAUAGUGAGACAGGAGAGAGAGUGAAAAGACUUAAAGGACACACUUCAUUUGUCAAUUCCUGCUAUCCAGCAAGACGUGGACCUCAGCUGGUCUGUACAGGCAGUGAUGAUGGCACAGUGAAGCUCUGGGACAUCAGGAAGAAAGCAGCUGUUCAGACUUUUCAGAACACCUAUCAAGUAUUAGCUGUGACUUUCAAUGAUACUAGUGAUCAGAUAAUAUCUGGCGGCAUCGACAAUGAUAUCAAGGUAUGGGACCUUCGUCAGAACAAGCUAACUUACACAAUGAGAGGACAUGCGGAUUCUGUCACGGGUCUCAGCCUAAGUGCAGAGGGCUCUUACUUGCUUUCCAAUGCAAUGGACAAUGCAGUUCGCAUCUGGGAUGUUCGGCCCUUUGCCCCCAAAGAGAGAUGUGUGAAGAUACUCCAAGGGAAUGUGCAUAAUUUUGAGAAGAACCUUCUGCGAUGUUCCUGGUCACCAGAUGGAAGUAAAAUAGCUGCUGGAUCUGCAGACAGGUUUGUUUAUGUGUGGGAUACAACCUCCAGAAGGAUCCUGUACAAACUGCCAGGCCAUGCUGGUUCAAUAAAUGAAGUGGCCUUUCACCCAGAAGAACCAAUAGUACUUUCUGCAUCUAGCGACAAAAGACUGUAUAUGGGAGAGAUCCAGUGAGGAUGAGCAGAAGAGGACCAUGAAUUAAUUCUGAAGAUUUGCAGAACUGGAUUGCUUCCAACCAGUUUGAAUUGCUAUGUACAGAAAAGAAGAAGAAGAUCCAUGAAGAGACUGCAACAGUAAUGCUUCCUAGGCAGUGUUAAAUAAUCUGCAUCCUAGAAAAUCCCUCCUUGAAUUCUUGACCCAUCUUUACAGAAGCCUGAAACACACGGCAGUCCAGAUCUAUUAUGUUUGAUGGAUGUACAGAUUCUUUAUUUUAGCUUCAAAACGUGCUCAUUUUUGAAAUCGUUUUGACUACUGUAAAGCGGGGGAAGAAGCAUUUAAUAUUGCAUGCUUCCUAAGAUUCAUAUGUCAUUUUUAUAUUAAAAAAUGAAAUGCCUUGUAAAAA